GGGCGUCUUGAAUUUCAAAUUACCCCAUUGUGACCUCAACUGGGAGGACUCCCCGGCAGUCCCGACCCAUGCUCUUGAUCGGAUUUCGCUGGUGUUCUUGUCCACGCGCGACCGAAGACACAAAGGGGGAUGAGGGAUCACGCCUCGCUGUCCAAUCCGGCGGCCUCCGGCGAAGGAUCGCGGGUCGCCGAUCUGAAGGCGUGGAUCGCCGCGCAGUUCGAGGUAGCGGGAAAAGAUGCCCCGGCAUUCGAGCUGACGCCGGCAAGUGCUUCUCACCUGCAGGCCAUCGCGACCGCCUCGCAGGCCCGAACUCGCUCUACCACCAUUGUCGCCGCUGACUUCCGCCAGAAGGCUGCCGAGUAUCGCUCUCAAGCUGCACGAAUAAGAGAAAUUCUAGAAAGUGUAGGCUUGGCGCGUGAGAAUCUGUCAGCAAGUGCUGUGGCAUCUGCCCAGGUUCUUGCAAAUGUUGCAAAUCUGUUAAACACAAGGGACACUGAGAUGAGUAGCUUUCUUGUAGCAAUGGCAGAUAUCUCACUAAGGAAAACUGACGUAGAAGAGAAAAGAUCCAAAGUUCAAAAAGAGUCUAAAGUUCUUCUUGAAUACACAAGAAAGGCCAUUGCAAGGCUGACUUAUUUGAAAAGAACGCUUGCACAGUUGGAGGAUGACAUGGCUGGCUGUGAUAAUCAAAUGCGACAUUGGCAGACAAACUUGUCAAUAAUGGUCUCCAAGGAACGACAGUAUAUGCAACAACAUACUAAUUGUAAGGCCUUGCUAAAACGUGUGGGAUACACACCAGAGGUCAGUCAUGGUGUGCUGAUGGAAAUGGCUGAGCACAAGAAAGACCUGGAGAAAAAGACAAGGCCCAUCUUGGACACAUUGCGCAGCUAUCAAGACUUGCCUCCUGACAAAGCCCUUGCUGCGUUGGCUAUUGAGGAUAAAAGGAGGCAAUAUUCAGCUGCAGAAAAAUACCUCGAAGAAGUGCUUCAAUCAGCUCUUAAUCCUACAGAAUGAGCUUAAAGUUGGUCUCUAAUUACCAUUCAAUGGGUCUUGAAUUUACCAGACCUUGAUGUAGCCACCCUGGGAAAUUUUCUUCAGGAUUGUAUUUUCCUUGAAUAGGUGAAUGAAGACUAUUUCUAGCCAUCUGUGAACUAUGUCUUCAUCUUCUGAGGUUAUGAGUGGCUGCUUUAAGUUGUUAGUUUCUAGUCUUUGCUUCUCAUUAUGGUGCCAAUUUGUUAACAUCAAAUCCAGAAAGGCUAGCUGCACGAUUGAUUA